UUUGAUUUUGUUCUGUGUGGAGUGAUGGCUGAACGCAUAAAGCGCACAUUGGGAUUGAGAAACCGAAAAAUUUUUAACUCCUUAGUUCAAUAUUAAUUGAUUUGCGUUUUUAAAUUAGCUUCCUGUAAUGGCGUCCAUUCUCAAAGCAGUUCGUGUUGGCUCAUCGGGAUUAUUUGGUCGAUUAAAACAUAAAAAAUUGCCUGAAGAAUGGGAUGAUUCAAUUAAAGAACCUGUUUUAGAUGGAAUCACAUUUUAUGUUAAGUAUUUAGGGAGUACAUUAGUAGAUGAGCCUAAUGAUCAGCAAACAACUGCAGAUGCUAUUAAAGCAGUUAUCACAAUGGCUAAGUCAAGUGCCAAGAAACUUCCAAGAGUUGCUUUGACUGUAAAUCCAAAAGGAAUUGUUACUAGAGAUCUUAGCACUGGAGAGAAGCACUUGGAUUUUUCUAUAUAUAGAAUUUCAUUUUGUUCUGCGGAUGCCACUUAUGACCGUGUUGUAGCUUUUAUUGGGACAAACAAAAAUGAAACAUUAGAAUGUCAUGCAUUUUUAUGUUCAAAACGUAAAAUUGCACAGGCUGCUGCAUUAACUAUAUCUCAAGCUUUUAAUAUUGCUUUUGAGUUGUGGGAACGUGCCAAAGAAGAGAGAUCUAGUCAAAAUGGAGAAGAAAAAAUAAAAUUGGAAAUCUCAGACAAUUCUGCAGUUUCUGAAUGCAACAGCAAUAAUAAAAAUUCCUGCGUAGAUGAACAAGGAACUUUAAUUGACCUUAGUAUAGAUGGUCAUUCAGCAUCUGAAACUAUGAAGAAACUUGGAUUUGAAAAUGACCAAAAUCUUGAUGAUAGUUUUUCAAGAUUGGCUCAUUCCCGAACUCACCCCAUGCUUGGAAUGGGAUUUAAACCUGAAGAUCUUGAAGAUAUUCAACAGUUUGUGCAUAAUCAACGGAAAAUAAAUGAAAAAGAUUGUUUCCUUGAUGACCAAACUGAUGAUUUGCUAGCCUUGUAAUAAUUUUCCAAUUCUUUGCAAUAUAAUUCUACAUUGUACAGCAAAUGGAUCGAUUUCUUGGAAAGUCUCUUUUUGAGAAGUGUAUGGAAUCUAAAUUAAUGAGCUGUGAUUUUUGCAAUACUAAUAAAUGGCCUUUCAUUUAGAUAUCACAUUUAAUUUUGUGAUUAUCUUGUUUAAUUGCUUGAUUUCUAUAUUAUUUAAUUAUUGUUAAGUUUUUGUACUGAUGUAGGAUAGUUCUGCAUCAUUAUUAUAUUUAUAUAUUAAUAGAGAGAGAAAAUUCAGAUUGAAUGUAAUGCUGAAAAAUUGCUAUUGUGUUAUUGUUUGCGUUUAACAAAAGUGAUUUUUUUCUCAAUUUUUUUUUUUUUUUAAAUAUUUUAUAUACGUAAAGAAAAGACUUGUGAAUUAUUGUAUUAUUUCAAAGCAAGUUGCAUACUUAUUUUUUAUAAUGGUGCUUGGGUAUGUUUUUUCUCUUUUUCUUUUCUUUUUUAUCUACUCAUCAACACUAAAGUAAAAAUGUAAAAGCCAUCAUUGAAUGCUGAUUGUUUUAUGAACCAUUUAAUGUUUUUUUUACAGUGAAAUUUUAAAUGUUUUAUAUGUCUCCCAGAUUUCUACUGGAAGAUUUUUUAUUGUCCACAUGUGCACACAGUGUCCGUUUUUAUACUUUUGCAUAAUAUAUUGUGCUUUUGAUUUAUAUGAUUUGCUGCAUUUGUUUUCUUGCUUAGUGUUAUCUCAGUCUGGGGAAAAAAGCAAUGCUAAUUUUGCUUUAGAUGCAGAUUCACUCUAGCCUUGAGAAAUUCUAUUUUCUGUGAUUAGUGCAAGAUGCUGACUCUUGGAAUUUCAAAAUGUUUUCUAAAGUUUUUUAGUACCUGAGAGGUUGUAUUUUUAAAACUGAUGUUGUAUUUGCACAAGAUUAGCAAUCAUAUUUUGUAUAAGCAAUUUUUCAAAAGUUUAAAAUUAUGUGUUUGAUAUUAAUGUGCUAUUUAAAUCAUAUAUACAUUAUUAUGUAGCAGAGGUGAGUCAACAUUAAAAUUGUUGAAAGCAUUUGCAAAAUUCUCUAACUUGUUGAAUCUCACUGCAUUUUUACCUUUUUGUUUGGCAUUUGUGUGAAAAAUCUGUUAGUCAUUUGUUAUAAAAUAUUUACACAUUUGUACUAUUCUUGUUCACUUAAGGAAUUCUAUACCUGUUGAGCAUGUAUUUCAAAUACUGUGAAUAUGUGUACAUAUAAAUUUGCUCAAUAAAUAUUCUGCUUA